AUGGCUGAAGAAAGAUCAAUUGGUUACAGUUUUAGUGUUUAUACAACCCAUGGACUCCGUUUAAAAUCUCAACAACAUAGGCCUAUUCCUGUGGCGUCAGAUUUCUUCAAUUUUCAAGUCACAGCAUACCUUCGAGAUUUCUCUUCACCUCCUAUGACUGUGUCAGUCAUGUUUAGAACCUCGAUACGUAUUAAUUGCAAUGAAUUCUUCAUGCACGACCGAAAUUUCCUUUGGUUAUACGUGCAGGAAUUCUCCUCCCCGUAUUUCAAUUCUGAAAACCUUUCCCAGAUGACACUGAGUCUUAUACCUAAGGUCAAACGACUGUUCUUUCCCUUUGAUAUUCAUGAACUUGCGGCACCAGUUUCCAAUCAUAUUAUCCAAGAGAUUCCUUUGGUUUUGACUCUUAUAGUGGAAGAAAGAAGAACAGUUGAAGAGAUUAUGAUGAUGGGAGAACGUGCAGCCAUGGAAGAGUCUAUGCAAUGUGAAAAAACAAUUCCUGCAUCCAAUGAAGCUAUUUUGUCUCUUAAAGCAUACUCACUUCCUCGGAAUUGUUGCGUUUGUAUGGAGAGAUUUCAUGAUGAAUUAGAAGGUGGUGAUAGUGAUGACGUGAAGAUAUCAACCAUGGCAUGCGGUCAUACUUUUCACUAUAAUUGUAUUGUAAAGUGGCUCCAAAGAAGUCAUGUAUGCCCCUUAUGCCGUUAUGCUAUGCCCACUUGA